GUCGAGUGUGAGAGCAAGCAAGGUCGCUUUUGUUUAUUUUGGGCUUGUUUCAGACGAGCCUCAAGAACAUGGCUCUCUCGUCCUGGGUAUCUGUCGCGAAGGACUCGCACUUUUCCAUCGAGAACAUCCCCUUCGGCAUCAUCUCAACGGAAGACAAUCCAAAGCCUCGACCGGCCACUGCUAUCGGGGAUUAUGCCUUGGAUUUGGAGGCAUUCGCGGCAGGGAAUGGCUUCUCUGGGCUGUCGACGAUCCAGCCGCAUCAGGCGGUAUUUUCUGAACCCGUUCUGAACGCGUUCGGCAGCUUGGGUAAACCCAUCCACAGCGCCGUGCGCAGGUACCUGCAGAGCGUGCUGGCGAAAGAUGGGCCGUUUCCAGACGUUCUCGAGAAGAACGAGGCGCUGCAGAAGAAGAGUCUGAUCCGGCUUGACAAGGUCAGGAAUCAUCUUCCUUUCAAGAUCGGCGACUACACCGAUUUUUACGUUGGCCUGAACCACGCCGAGAACUGCUCCAGGAUCAUGCGAGGCAUUGGCUCUCUGAAUCCGAACUACAGACAAUUGCCUGUGGGAUAUCACGGGCGCGCGUCGUCGGUUGUGGUGUCGGGAACGCCGAUUCAGCGGCCGUCAGGCCAGAUACUGGAAAAGCCGGGAGACCAGCUUCCCAUUUUCUCGCACUGCAGGAAGUUGGAUUUUGAGCUUGAAUUGGGCUGUUUUAUCUGCAAGCCUAAUGAAAUGGGCCGUCCUAUUAAUAUCGACGAGGCCUUGGAUCACCUGUUCGGCGUCGUCAUGAUGAACGAUUGGUCAGCCAGAGAUAUACAGGCAUGGGAAAUGGCUCCCCUUGGACCCUUCAACGCAAAGAAUUUUGGCACCACCAUAAGUCCUUGGGUGGUUACCAUGGAAGCCUUGGAGCCGUUUCGGACGGCUGGGAUCGAAAACGAUCAGUCGAUCUUGCCGUAUCUGCGGCAGAAUACCGACAAGACUGUCUAUGACAUCCAUUUGACGGUGGAUCUGCAGACUGCCAAAGGAGGAAAGCUCAAGGUCACGGAAACUAGUUCCAGAAACCUGCUCUUCUCUUUCGAGCAGAUGCUUGCUCAUCACACCGUCGGAGGAUGUCCCUUCAACACGGGUGACCUGAUAGGAUCGGGAACCAUUUCUGGCAAGGGCGAUCCAUCCACCUUUGGGGCUUUGCUCGAGCAGACGGAGAAUGGAAAAGUAUCACUCAAACUAAACAAUGGGGAAGAAAGGACUUUCCUCUUGGACGGAGACACGGUCACAUUCCGAGGCGUUUGCGACAAUGGUUCAGGCAAUCUGGUUGGCUUUGGCGAAUGUUCAGGCACUAUCCAGCCAGCGUUCAACUUCGAUCAGGCGUACUUCUCGCGAUAGUUUCGCGGUAUCCAAGAAUCGAAUGUUUUUAAAAAAAAAAUCUAGAUCGUGGAGAUUCCCUCUGCACAGUUGAAUGCCAGCCUGAUUCGUCUUCUGUCUUUGAUAACGCGCCUUCUGUCCCCGGUUACUCGACGCAGUAUAGCCACGAACUCGGCUAUCAAAACCUUGUCUAGAUAUGAAUACAGACGUAAGGCAACGUUUCCGCUUCACCCCUUGGAAACGAUACAGCAUCG